GACCAGGCAGGCGACCACCCGUUCCCUCCUCUCCUUCCCACCUCUACUCGGCGCGGCCUCCACCACACGUCCGGAGCGGAACGUCGGCGGCGGCGGCGGCGGAGAGAGAUGGUGGGCUCGGCCGCCUACUCGGCGACGUCCAUCGUGGUGGUGAUGGCCAAGGAUAAGGGCAGGGGGAAGGGCACCAAAGGGGGCGCCGCCUCCUCCUCCGGCGCCAACAAGGUCGACCGGCGGCCUCCUAGGAUUACAUCCAACGUCAAGCACAACCUGAGGAUCGUCAAAUUCUGGAAGGAUUACGAAAGGAAGCAAACAACCGGGCCUCAGCCUGCCACCAGGUUCCGCAAAAAGAAAGUAAUGAAGGAGGUGCUUCCUGAUGACACGGACUUCUACGAGGACCCUUCUGCCACUCUUACCUGCACAAAUGACGGCAGCAUAGAGAUUGCCUCCCCUGUUAUUCUUGUGGACGGCUACAACGUAUGUGGCUACUGGGGAAAGCUUAAGAGUGAUUUCUUGAAUGGGAAUCAAGGAAUUGCGAGGCAGAUGCUCAUUGAUGAGCUGGUAUCGUUCAGUGCAGUACGAGAGAUAAAAGUUGUAGUGGUAUUUGAUGCCGCAUUGUCUGGGCAAUCGACACACACUGAAACUUAUAAAGGGGUUGAUGUGGUAUAUUCUGCUGACUUAUCUGCUGAUUGUUGGAUUGAGAAGGAGGUUGAGGCUUUGGUGGCAGAUGGAUGUCCAAAGGUCUGGGUUGUAACGUCAGAUGUACUGGAGCAACAAUUAUCGCAUGGUGAAGGUGCUCUUAUUUGGAGCUCUAAAAGACUGGUCAAAGAGAUAAAAGAAUCAGAAAAGGAGCUUGAUGAAGAGCUGAAAGAAAUCAGGUCAACAUCGUUGCAAGGAAAGAUUUUUCAGCACAAGCUGAAACCUAAAGUAGUGCAAGGUUUGAAAAAUCUUCGGAAUCGGCUUGAAGAACAAGAGCGAAAAAAAAAGUGACCGCUCAACGUCAACCGAUCAGCAAAUCUCAUCGAGCUGCUGUAACAUCGGUUGGCCGAAGAAGGGGGAAGAGAAGUGGUGUAUAUUUUUGUACAGGGGAGGAGCACAUCGACGUUUUGGUCCAUAAGUCGAAGGUGCCAACUGCACAAACAACAUGUUUGCGACCGCGAUGAUUGUUGAUGAAGACAACAUGCUGAUCAAGCAUGCUGGCUGGCCUCAUGGAAAGGAAUAUCUGGUCGUUGUAGGGAAGCGGUCUGUAGGGAGGGAGACCACAAAAUGUAGAUUCUUUAUCUUUUAACUCUUUUUUUUUUUUGUUUAUUUGAUCAUAAUCCUGCAGAGAAAAAGCCAGGAGCUGUAUAGAAGUGUAAUGUAGCUGACUCUCCCUUGGGGCUAGAUGACAAUAUGCAUGUUUAUAUUCAAAAUAAAAGUUUAUAUUUGCUGAUCAA